AUGGAUCAUAUAGCGCGGGAAAGGAAGAAGGUGGCGAUUGGGGAAGGAUUGGCACCGCGCAAAUAUCAGCGGCAAGGAGCUCUCGAUUGGGGAGGGCAAAAAAAUGGGGAAGGUUUAGGGGAUCAGUACUGUUUUGGAACCCUAAUUGCCGGCGCCUCUGUGAGGUUUAAGAGCGCCAUCAACAGACGAUCGAUCUUCUGGCCAAAGAUAGCUAAGAUGUAUCUCCAAUUUUAUAUCAAUGAAAAUGGUGACAAAGUUUACACCACGAAGAAGGAAACACCUGUAGGUUUGGCCACACAAUCUGCUCAUCCUGCUCGCUUCUCCCCUGAUGACAAAUUCUCGAGGCAGAGAAUUCUACUCAAGAAACGCUUUGCCAACCUCAGAACUGUGAGCUCAGUCACUGGAAACGAAGACUCACAAAUUCUUCUCUACAGCAUGGCGCCGAAUUUUGGAUUUCUGGUUGUGGCGUUUUUGGUUUUGGCGUGGAGAUGUGAAUCGGCCGCCUUCGGUCCGGUGUCUGAACUCCAUCGAUCUGCGGCGUUGGAGAUUUUUAAUGCCGCCGAUGGGUCUUUUGGAAGUCUGGAGGAUACGUACGAGGCAUUAAAGACAUUUGAGAUUCUUGGGAUUGAAAAGAAGUCUGAUGUUAAAACUUCUGCAUGUGCAUCUGUAGCGAGCACCCUAUUGUCUGCUUCGUCGGCUGUGAAGGAUUUAUUCCAUGCUCUUAGCGUCAAUGGCCUACUGAAGUGUGAGCUCAAGAAUGAGGCUUUUAGGGGAGUUGAAUCUAGACUUCAAGAUUCUCUGAAUGUUGCGAAUUCACUUCUUGAUUAUUACUAUUCAGUAGGAGGUCUAGUCCUGUUGAAGGAUCAGACUUCUGAAGUUGAUGUUCACCUUAAUGAUGCUGAUAAGAUAUUUCGCUCUAUUAAGUCUCUAAGUCAGAGUGAUGGUAGGUGGCGCAUUAGUUCCAACAACCCAGAAUCUAGUAGUGAUGCUGCGGGUAUAGCACUUGAAACCCUUGCUGGGGUAAUUUCUUUAGCAUCUUCUGAGAUUGAUCAUUCUCUGAUUGCUACUCUGAAAAGUGACAUUGGGAAGCUUUUUGAUGGCAUUGAAAGAUACGAUGAUGGAACUUGUUACUUUGAUGAGAAACUUGUUGAUGCACGUAGUCAUCUGGGUCCUCUUUCAGCUUCCGCAUCAGUAAUCCGUGGAAUCACAGCUUUUGCAGAAGUGACCAAUGAAAGUUUAAAUCUUCCCUGGGAGAAAAUUUUGGGUUUGGCCAAAUUUUUCCUUGGUGUUGGAAUUCCUGGAAGUGCCCGAGACUUUUAUUAUCAAAUUCAUGCCUUGGCAUGCUUGGAAAACAUUAGGGGAUCAAUUCCUCUGAUUUUGUCUCUGCCAGCUACUGUCCUUUCAGUGACCAAGAAAGAUCAACUUAAGGUUAGAGUCAGUACUGUGUUGGGUUCACCUGCCCCGCCUCUGUCAGUGAAGCUCAUGCAGAUAUUUGUAUCUGGUUCUAAAGAUGCUUCUAUUAUUGACCAGAAGCUGAAAUUUGACCCUGAGAAUGCAGUGCAUGUCUUGGAAACAUUGCCUACAAAUGUUGAUGUUGGAAAAUAUGUCUUUUCUUUUGAGAUUGUAUUUGAGGAUCCAGAACAUAAGAAAAACUAUGCUACUGGUGGGAGGACUAAAGUACUUGUUCAUGUGACUGGAGCCAUAAAGAUCGAGAAUGCAGAGAUUGAAAUACUUGACAGUGACCUUGAGAGUGUGGAGACUAAGAAGAAGCUGGAUUUAUCAGGAGAGAACUCUCUUGCUUUAUCUGCUAAUCAUCUCCAGAAGUUGAAGUUAUCCUAUAGCUUGACUAGCCCAUUUGGAAAUGUUUUCAGGCCUCACCAGGCAUUCCUCAAGCUUAGACAUGAAAGUGGAGUUGAACACAUCUUCCUGGUGGAGAACUCGGGGAAAAAAUCUGAGAUAAUUCUAGAUUUCUUGGGUCUGGUGGAGAAGUUCUUCUAUUUAUCUGGAAGAUAUGACAUUCAACUCACGGUUGGAGACUCAGUCAUGGAAAACUCUUUCUUGCAAGCUCUGGGUCACGUUCAAUUGGAUCUUCCAGAGGCACCCGAAAAAGCCCCCAAACCUCCCGCACAACCUGUUGACCCAUACUCCAGAUAUGGACCUAAGGCAGAGAUAGCUCACAUUUUCCGAGCUCCAGAAAAACGACCCCCUACAGAGCUUUCUCUUGCUUUCUUGGGCUUCGUACUCUUGCCGUUUUUCGGCUUCUUGGCUGGGCUUGUAUACCUUCGUGCUAACCUCAAGAAUUUGCCCAAGUCUACUGUUCCUGCAACUUUUGCUCUUCUCUUCCACUUGGGUAUUGCUGCAGUUCUAACACUCUACGCACUCUUCUGGAUCAAGUUGGAUUUGUUCACUACAUUGAAGGCACUCGGCGUACUUGGAAUCUUCUUGAUGUUUUUCGGGCACAAGACACUUUCCCAUCUUGCAUCCACACUCAUCGUCGUGCUGCUGGAGUUGGGGCUUGUCGAGUCGGUGCUGUGGGCGAUUGGGUUGGACAGCUCCUCUGAGGCUUGUGGGCGAUUGGGUUGGACAGCUCUAGGUGGGGACAGUCACCGAGUUGCUUCGCCACCUAGCAAACCCCCGGCCAAGGACGAGGCUGCCGACCGCCAGAGUUCGGGCACAAGCCUCGAAGAGAUACCGACCAUCGUUCCGCCAGGAGUCUUGUUGUUCAAGUUUUGGUCUUUCCGAAGGGACAAAGUGUUGCGGAUAUUUAAGUUAAAUACUGGACAGGACGAUCAUGCCAUAAUGUUUUUCGAUGACUACAUAAAACAUAUUGACCUUGUCACGAGAAGGAUGGAAGAAAAAAAUAAAAACGACGGCACAGUUUUUGAGUGGUUUAAGACACAUGUCAUACAAUUGAAGCUCGACACCAGCAUUAGUCAUCAAGAGCUUUGUCGACUACUUUCAUUAGGAGGAACAGUGGAAGAAGAACACAUCUCUAAAUUAAUUAGCGCAGGCCUUAUUAUUCGACAACUCAUCGACCCGGAUAUGUAUUGGUUCUCGAUCCCAAAUAUUGGAUCGGUGCUCAAAGGUCUCUCACAGGGAAGAAAAGAGCUUUUGUCUAUUCUCAACCGAAGAAAGUACAAAGAAAUGAUAUUGGCUUCUUUAGAGAAAAAGCGCUUGCGACUAUCUCCGCUUGAUAUGAGAUUUCACUUGAGGGAUUUGAUUGGCUCGGGCCGCCUCAAAACUAUUCAGUCACCGAGCGGUUUGAUUGUUCGCAUCGCAAAAGAUUGA